AUGGGUUGUGGCAAUUCUACAGUGCGCAAAGGAAGAGAUGAUAUAAAUGGCGCAAACGAUGGAAAGAAGAAGGGAAAGGAAAAGACAAAAAAAAGAGGCGAUGGUGAAGAAGAUUUUUCACCGAUAGUAUAUGAAACCAAUGAUAUUCCCUACCCCAUUCAGGAGACGGAGUUGCUGAAUGAAAGAACUGUAUCUGUUUCUUCUACUAUUGGUGAUGCUGCUGCCGCUACUGCUAGUCCUCCACCUCCACCUCCUCCUUCUCCUCCUUUGCCUGUGAGGACUCCUAUGGAAUCAAAGUCCAAACCCGCAAGUAAGACUCCUGAUGAUCUGUUAGCCUAUGUCUCAUCCACAACUCUUGAUGAUACACCUAAAAAUGUAAUUCUUCGGGCAAUAGAAGGUUCUGAAACCUUUGUACCUAACAUUCCACCUGUACCAAUUCUUCAAGCCAUUGAAUAUCAUGAAACUCGGCGCAUCUCCACACCACGGGCCGCACCCAUAUAUGGAGAAGAACUGCGAGGAACAAUCAUUUCUACUGGAUCUCGUGUACCUCUUAAAGCUGUGGAGGUACAUGCAACUCGAAGACAUCCUAUUUCACCACCUCCCUCACUUCGAGCAAUAGAAAUAUAUGAACCCAUUAGACAAGACUCACAGCUAGAAACAUUAUCAGGAAAUUCUAAAGGUUGUAAGAGUAAUAGAUCAAAGCGGAGUAGUCGCAGUUUAACACCGCCUCCCCCACUACGUGCGGUGGAAGUGUGUGGGAGAAAAACACCAAAAUCAGUGGGUUCCGGAGAAUAUCUUCAAGCCGUUGAGUCUUAUAGAUUAAAAGGUAAUCCGGAUGGUGCAUUUAAUUCGUUAACAUCUUCAUCUUCAAAACCUUUUGUGGUUGCUGCAGCAGAACUCUUUCAUAGUGAUAUGGGGACCAUCACACCCUUUGAUCAAUCAUCACUUUCAGGAUUAAUAUCAUCAUUUGGUGAGGUACCACUUGAUCGUGUAUUUUACUCCGGCACACCAUCUGUUGAAGAGAAACCCACGUUAACUCCCUUAAAGCGAGAACAACUACCACUACCAACACAACAACAACGACAAGAAAAGCGACAAGAAAAACAACAACAACAAGAACGAUUGCCUGUGUAUACAAAUGAAGAAAUUUGUCCCCCUCGGCCCAGAUCGCGACAACGAAAAAGUGCGUCAGAAAAGAGUAGAAAUACGAAUACACCAAAGAGUCUAAAAGAAGAUUUGGAUAAAUCACCAUCACCAGCAUCACCAGUGCCGGAAUCAUCAACAUCACCAAGGAUCAUUUAUCUACCGUAUGAAAUACCUGCGAAUGGUAAAUCACCGGUCCGACGAACACCUUCCCCAUACCCAAAGGCCUGUGAAACUCCCCCUGAUCAGAAAAUGAAUCCAACACCACCAGAAAAGGAAGAACACAUACAAAGAUCACAACGACUACCAUCAAAAUCACAAGAACGACCACCAAUUUUUUCUUCUAAAACAUAUAUGGCAGCGCCUAGACCAAACAGGACCUCUGAAUCAACACCCCAAACAGAACCCAUUACAGAACCGAGAGAAGUACCAAUGGGACGUUUCCCCGUCCAGAGAACUUCCACAGCCCCACAAGAAUCCGUCCCAAGUAUUAAUAUCUCAGAUGGAUUGGAGAGUUCUACAGAUUUCCUGCGAAAGGCGGCAUUGGCAAAUAGUACUGGUUGGGAAACACUUCGGCAAUUACGACUUGUGCUGCAGAUCCGAGAAACGGAGGCGGAGGCAAAGGAAGGGCAUGUGUAG